AUGUUCUCUGGCUGCCUCGAGGGCAACAUCGACACCAUACGCCUGGCAGUCGAUUAUGGUGCAUCCGAGAGUAUCAUCCUCUUGGGAAGGGUUUUGAGAUAUUUCUGGAACAAAGCUCUGCCCAAGAGUAACGAUGUCCCUACAUUCAAGUUCCUCCUCGAGCUUGGCACAAGGGUGGAUGAUCCCGAUGUCCACUUGAAACAGCUCAAGGUCUUGAUGGAAUGCCUCUGCAAACGCCACAACUGGGCUCUUCUCAGUCUGUUCCUACACGCCGGCCUCGGUUCACAGGUCAUGCAGCGUUCCAAGAAGGAGCUUCCCAUUGCUCUCAUAUCGCUCAUCAAGCAAGAAGCGCCUCUACGUCUCGUAGGCCUUCUAAUCGACCAUGGAGCCGACCUCAACUAUGUGCAAAGCGGAACAAAAUCAUCCACGGUCACCCCGUUGUCAACCUCGAUAAUGGUCGAUUCAAAGACUAACUUCGAAUAUCUCCUGGGAAGAGGUGCAAACAUCCAUGGCCAGGACCUUUCACAUCCAAGCAAGGUGGCAACACACAUUCCUAUAUUUGCGGCAGCGCGUGUAGCAAUCGAAAGGGGUCCAAAGUGGAUAAACCUUCGCCUUGUAAAAAGAGCCGAUAUCAAUCACUGUACCCCAAUCCUGGAGAAACGACGUUGGGGCCCAUUGUGGGGGUCUUGGGUACAUUUGGGAAACUGGGAAGACCCGUCACCACUCGAGUAUUACAACCGCACUCCGUUAUUUGUCUACCUUGACUCCAUCAACACCUGGGAGCCUAACCAGAUCCCUAGUCCUGUGAAGGCGCUCAACUACCUCUCCAGCAAAGGAGCGUUGCUCAGACACCUUGAGGUUCCAGGCGCGGUCCAGGGAGGAUUUAAGCGACUUGAGAGGUCUGAAACCGAAAUGCUUCUACGAAAAUGGGGUGCAUCCUCAUUGGCCAGUCCCGAAUUCUUUACUUGCAACCAGUGGCUACUUGAGCAUGGCGCAGGCGGGCCCCGGAUGGGAACUCUGUAUCGUCGAGGCAUUCCAUCGCUACCCGUGGCUAGAUCUGACGGAUGGGCCAGAUUCCUGCGUCUAUACCUCGGGGGGCCGGACUCGGAUCCUAGAGAACGCAGCGCUCGGAAUCGGCUAUUGGGCAGCGAAAUCGAGUGUAGAGAGCGGAAAUUUGUCCAAGAUAUUUGGCAGAAUGGGAGUGUUCCAGAGAGCACCACGCUCACCAUCGACUGCCUCAUCGCCAGCGGUGCGAACAUCAACAGCGACAGCAAUCUAGAAAUCUUCAUCCGGCUCUGUGAGAAACACUGUUCGGAAGCCUUCAGUCGGACUUACAACGAGCGUUUUCAAGAGCGACGCUUCUCCUUCAUCGGUUUCCUGGUAACGAAGGGGGCUGAUCCGAUGAUGAAAGGCGGGCCGGCGCAAAAGAGUGCGCUCCAAAUGUUGGAAGAACUCAAGAACAGUAAGCGAAGUCGACGGCAUAAAAACGAGGGACCCGUGGAAGUUGUCUUUGAUUUCGCUACCAUGCUCGCAAAGGAGCGGAUCGUUUACCUGGAACGGAACCAGCCUAUCGGUGUGGCGGCCUGA